GGUCUCUUAUACACUGACUACAGAUCUUACCAGUCCACCUUCUCCUCACCGUUCUCGUCUCUGCCGGCCUCGUAGCUGUCGAUUGAUGUUCGAAAGGAGUAGGGUGCUACAAUCAUGGCGCACAACGCGUACGCUUACCCCCAGCCUGGGAUGGCGACGCAGUAUGACCCUAGAACUCAGCCCUAUCCGUACCAGGCUUACGUCAAGCAGCAGCCGCAGCUCCCUCAGCAGCAGAUCUAUAGCCAUGUGAAUGCGAACGCUGCCUACUCGCAUGCCCCUACAACAUAUCCCGCGCACACGCACGCUGGAAUUGCUGCACAUGCUGCACAGUCGUCUCUACCUGCACUACCACAGGCCAUUGCCUACGGACAUCCUCCACAACCUCAGUAUGCUGCCCUGCCUACAUACUCACCCCAGGCAAGCUACGCAUCCUCAUUUGAACAACGCAGUGCCCUUCCGCGACAUACGACACCGUCGCCUGGACCUGCGAGACGACCGCUGCCCGACCCAGGACGCGCAGCACGGAGUAACUCCAUCUCUACCCACCCGCCGCUUCAACCAACGCCAUCUCCUGGUCCGCCUGCGCCUACUCACAGGACAUCCCUCUCGGUCUCUUCCAUUCCGACACCUGCGCGACCCACCACUCCUACGUCGCCUCGGGCACCACAACCGAAGCCGACCGUCGCGGUAAGUCCUCCUCGUCCCCUUCCUCAACCAGCGUUACCGCGGUCCCUUGGGCAACCGAACCUUGCGCGAAGUCCCAGCCCGACCAAGCGUACGUUCGCCGAGGCGCAGAUGGCCUCCCCGCAUCCCAUUGCGCAGGCGCGAAGCGUUGCCGAGGCCGUACUCCCGCUCGGUACCCCGUCUGGUCAGAGGUUCGUACCGCACUGGAAGCGUGCCCUACCUACGCCAGGCGAACCGCAAGUCGAGCGACGGAGUACUGUGUCGGGCCCCGCACCAACUCCACCACCGUCAGUACGUCCGCUGCCACAGUCACCAGGUAGUCAGUCCCGGAGCCAGUCCGGGCACCAGUCACAGCAACCGUCUGCAGGCCAGACAAGCUCGCCUCCUCGGAAACUGCCACAGCCUAACGGACGACCCCUCGUCCGUUCGCCGAGUCCAUCGCCCGGUGCACGGGAAGGUUCUGCAGAGAGCUCUGAUGAUGAUGACAUCGCUGGGAGUGCGUUGCUUUCGCGUCCACAGGACUGGGCAGGUCGCUCGAGCCCGCAAUACGGCAUUCGAGAUCUCCCAUCGCAGAUCCGUUCGAGCGCAAGCAGAGACUCGAAUACCACGCAACGAAGCGCGACCUCGCGGUUUGCAGAAAUGUCCCUGCACGACCCUGGAGGCAAUGUGGACUUGGACCCACGCCCACCGUCACGCCACGGCCAUUCCCAGUCCGUGCCGACUGUCUCGGCGCAGCAAUACGCGCCGCCCAUAACGAGACGCUGGCCUGCAGGCUUGCCGCAGCUACCUCGCGCACCGGCUGCACUGGAGAGCCUCGACGAUGCGCCGCCCCCCUCUCUCCGACGCUCCCCGUCCCCUGUGCGACCGGCACCAACCAGCCCCCUUCGCGGCGCGAGGCGACCGUCGAUACGUACAGACGAACUGACACGGCCCGGCCAGCCCGUUCGCCGCACACGCCGUACGAGUCGCCCGCUUCCGCAACGCCCCCGCAGUCUGGUGUGUCGGACAGCUCCGUCUUCACCCUCUCGUCCUUCCCGCCGCCGCCUCCAUUCGCCCCGCCACAUCCACCCAUCGUUUCGCCCUCCCCGUCGUCGCCUCGUCUCCCCCACACGCCCCCCGCUACGCUCCAGGGACUCCGUCGGCUCGGUCUUCACUCUGUCGUCCUUCCCGCAGCCGCCUCCGCCGGUCGUGGCCCGGCCCCCGCGCAAGGACUCGCUUAGCCGCACCCAGAAUAACAGGACACCCGUACCGGCCGCCAAUGGCACCUUCGAACCGAACACUAUCAGGGCAGGAGCCCGCCAGCCAAUUCCUAAGGUGUCUUUCCCUGCGACUGCGGACUCGGACUCGGGUUCGGACAGCGAUGGUGUGGCUCCCGGUGUGCCAGCGAUCUCCAUCAGCGUGUCGGGCUCGAGUGACGACGAUGUUGGUGGGCCUAUCAUCAACAUAUCGGGUGCCGAUGACGACGCCCCGCCAAUUCCGAGCAUCUCGGUCGGGGAUGCGGAUGACGACUCGUCGGUGCCGCAGAUUAGCAUCGGUGGCGCGUCGAGGAAGGCGAAGAAAGUUAGUUCGAGGAGCCCGCUCGAGCAGGUCAUCAGGAAGGGCCCUGGGCUGAUAUGCGGAGGGUGUGGGGGCGCGAUCGUUGGAAGGACGGUGUAUGCGAUGGAUGCGAAGUGGCACCCGGCACGAGGGAGGGCAUACUGCAACUUGGACUACCACGAGGCGUUCGCGCCCAAGUGUUACCAUUGCAAGACGUCGAUCAUCGACGAGCGCUUCAUCACGCUGGACGACCACGAGCUAGGCAAGCGCACAUACCACCAGCAGCACUUCUUCUGCGCAGAGUGCGGGGACCCGUUCAUGGAUCCUAAAGGGAGUUCAUUCCGGCCAGCCGGAGGCGGGCAGACGUUCUCGGGAGACGGCGACUUCAGCAGCGGGGAAGGCGAUGUGGGGUUCACCGUGUACCGCGGACACCCGUACUGCGAACAGUGCCACGUGCGCUUGCGCCUGCCCAAGUGCAAGAAGUGCAAGAAGCCCAUCAGGGAUGGGAUGAGGGCGGUGGAGGCGCUGGGCGGGAAGUACUGCUGGGAGUGCUUCACAUGCGCGGGUUGUGACCAGCCAUUUGAGAACCCGUCCUUCUUCCAGAGAGACGGCCUGCCGUUCUGCGAACACUGUUUCAGUAUAAUGAUCAAGAACGAGAUGUGAUGUGACUUCGGACUCUUAUGCCAUUCAUGAUCGCUGCUCAGUUAUUUAUCGCUAAUGCGAGUGCGCUUGCUCCGAUUGAUGUGCUUUGUCGUGCAUGUAUAUGAUCCCUUAACCCUUCACGAAGGAAAUGACUCGACGUGUAUCACGAUAGAACGAUGCCCCUUGGUUUGGCGAGUCUUGUUGUAAUUGGCACGCAAUAUAACCGUGUUCUCAGUGAUGCUACUGGUAUGUACAUUACCCUCGCCUUGCUGCCACGCAUUAGGCCUGUACCCUGGCAUACGGCGGUUAUACACACAGCUAUGCACGGGAGGAGGGGGCCUUCAAACGUUCUCCUGCAGGU